AAGAGAGAAAUAGUUAUUUAUUAAAUUGAAAACGGUAAUGCGAUAUUCGAAUUCAAUUUAGAUAAGCUUGUACAAGGAGUUCGAAAUUAUUCCAACAGCAAAGUGAAGAUGGAUUGAAAUUACGAUUAACAAAAAAGAAAAUGAAAAUUAUAUAAGAAUCAGACAUGAAAACAAGAGAACAAGAGCCUGAGACAAGACUUGAGCGAGUUUCCAAGUGAGUCACUCGUCUUCUUAAACUUGAUCAUCUUUUUGUUCUUAAACCACUUGCUCUGUUUCUUGGACGACAAGUUUGCUUCAUCCUCGUAGCUUUUGAACGUGUAGCUUCGGAGAUAUUUCUGUCUGUUGAAUCUAUAAACCUCUGGGCUUAUGAACCUAACAUAAUCUCCUGGUGACUGAAAAGCUUGGUCCUUUGCAAUCUUGUCGACUCCCAUGACUGCGUUUUGAACAUCUUUGAUCAUCAUUUUUGUCGACUAUCACCGAAGAAGUUGUUCGUACCUUUUAUAUAUCGUGGCCUGCACUGAGAAAUGUGGUAGCGCCACGUAUGCGAAAAACACAGCUGGAAGCCUGGACCACAAGUGUGAAGUGUUUCUCUUUCAUUCGGUCGCCGUCUCCUUUUUCUUUUCUUCGCCCUCACGACCGAUUCAACACAUAAAGAGUGAAAGUAUUUAUUUUGUUCGGGAAAUUUCUGGAAACUCUCCUGGAAGAUCUGUCGUUGUUUCUUUCCACUUGAGGAAAAGGAAAGGAAAAAAGCUUCUUUUGUUGGGCUGCAACGAAACCCAAAAAGCCAUGGCCUCUCCAUCUUCUUCUGCGUUAGCAGCAGCAUCUCACCAACGGCUUGGCUCAAGUGCCGUGCUCUUGGCUAAUCUUGUGUUUGUCAGAUUCUUCUGUUUCCUUUGGAUAUCUGUUUCGUCUCAGGGAAAAGGUUGGCCAGAUCGGCGAAGAAGUGGGAUUCAGAGGAUGUGGUGCCUCCCCUGCUUCAAACCCUCCACUUCUGUGGAUCCUUUUGAAGCAGAAACUGAUAUCGCCAUACAAGUUUCACGGCAUGAUGCUGAUGUUCAAGAAGCUGAACAUCUUGCUUCAGCCAUUCAAGAAUCUUCUCGUCUUCGUCAACAAGAGGAGGCAGAGGAAAGAAGGCGCGCCAGAGAGUUAGAAGUGGAUGCGCAGAUAGCAAAUGGGGUUUUAUACGAGGAAAGAGAAAGGCAGAUUAAUAAUCAACCACCAUUGAAUGGCGAAGAUUAUGACCAGCUUGCUAAGACUGUUGAGAAGAGUUUAAAGGCGAAAGACGAAAAAAAACAGUUUGAAGAACAAGUGAGGGAGGAUGAACAGUUUGCUCUGAUUGUUCACGAGAGUCUCAACAUGGUAGAGUCUCCUCCUCAUGUUGAAGAACAUAGAAGUGUUUCUCGUAGAGCUCUGUUGAAUGCAGAUGAGCAGCUUGCUAAGGCUGUUGAGGAGAGUUUAAAGGAGAAAGGCAAAGUAAAGCAAGUUGAAGAUGAACAAGAGAAGAAGGAUGAACAGCUUGCCGUGGUUGUUCAGGAGGGUCUAAACAUGGUAGUGUCUCCUCCUCGACAUGAAGAAAAUAGCAACAUUUCCUCCAGGGCUCCGUUGGAUGAUGAAGAUGAGCAGCGGAUUAUCUGGGAGAGUUUGAAGGGGAAGGGUCAAAUGAAGCAAGCGGAAGAUGAGGUGGAAGCAGAUGGCAAGCUCAUAGAGGUGAAUCCUCCUCGUAGCAUGUGUUGUGAAUGCAACUCUGAGAUUGAAGACGGAAGAUCAAUCAAUGUAUCGGGUGUUCUUUGGCAUCCUGAAUGUUUUUGUUGUGUUGCUUGCCACAAGCCAAUUGCUAUCCACGAGGUUAAAAACCAUGUUUCAAACUCAAGAGGCAAGUUUCACAAAUCCUGCUGUCACCGGUACUGCUAUGUCUGCAAAGAGAAAGUAAAGAUUAGAAUGUUCAAUCAACAUCCUUUCUGGGAGGAGAAAUACUGCCCUGCUCAUGAAUUUGACGGAACUCGCAAGUGUCUCAGUUGCGAGAGGUUAGAGCCUAAGGGAACGAACUUCGUAAUGCUUGAUGAUGGUAGGUGGCUAUGCCUAGAAUGCAUGGAAUCAGCGGUUAUGGAUACUUACGAAGCCCAGCCUCUGCACUUUGAAAUCCGUGAGUUCUUCGAAGGCUUAAACAUGAAGAUUCAGAAAGAAUUUCCUUUUCUUUUGGUGGAGAAACAAGCCCUCAAUAAAGCCGAGGAGGAAGAGAAGAUUGACAAUCAGGGCGGGAUGGUAACCAGAGGUAUUUGCCUGUCUGAAGAGCAGAUCGUCACAAGUGUCUCGGAAAGGCCCAGGAUGGGGCCGAACAAGAAGCAGCUAAUAGGCAUGCGUAGGGAAUCUCAAAGGGUUGCGAGUGAGUGCGAGGUCACUGCGAUUCUCAUCUUAUAUGGACUUCCCAGGUUACUAACUGGAUACAUCUUGGCUCACGAGAUGAUGCAUGCUUAUCUUCGACUCAAUGGACAUAGGAAUCUUAACAAUGUUCUGGAAGAAGGAAUAUGCCAAGUGUUGGGACACAUGUGGUUGGAUUCUCAGAGGUACGCCCCCAUUGAUGAUGCUGCAGCUUCAUCGUCAGCUUCUACUUCUUCUUCCCGCACUCCUGAAGCCAUUGCGUCGAAGAAAGGCGAAUGGUCUGAUUUCGAGAAGGAGCUGGUGAAGUUUUGCAAGUAUCAGAUAGAGACAGAUGAAUCACCAGUCUACGGUGAUGGUUUCAGGAAAGUUAACCAGAUGGUGACAAAUUCCAGCCUGCAGGCAACCCUCAAAGAGAUUCUUCGCCGGAGUUGAAGACGAUCCCAGAUUCAAAUUCCGCCACGAACGACAUAAUACCAUAUACAUAUGAUACACACGUUUUCCUGGGUUCUUGUAGCCAUCACUUAAGUACACACCUUUUCGGCUUUUCCCUUGUUUGGUUUGGUGAGUGUGUGUAAACUGUUUUUUUUUUUUGUUUUCAGUUAAGCUUGUGUUUCUUUCUUCUUUCGUCUUCCGGUUAAAGUUGGAACCUUUAAAGGAUCUUGCGACUGCAUCUUCGUGGGAUUCAAUUCUUGCGUUGGAUAUCCAUUCCCGCCUAAACCAAAAGUGUUUUUUGUUCUCCUGUUAAUUUUAUUCAGAUAUAAUUAAUUUCAUACAAAAUUCGUUUUAUACAGUGAAAGCUCUGUCUUUCGCAGUUGGGGCAGUCUCACUCGUUUCUUGUUUCACGAAAGCACACCAGUUGUUCGACAAUUUGUCCCAACCACCACUAUUUGAUUCUUUCGUCAACGUGAGAUUAGAGAUGUUUGCCCUGAAGCUGUCGACCUCCGUUAAGCCACUUCAUCCCGCAAAAAUCCAGCAAAUUCGAUUAUUUUCGCGUGAUCCAUUCCCAAACAAAGUCCAGCACUACCUUUACCGAGCAAGCCUCAUCGACUCUAUCCGCCUCAGCCUCCGCUCCACCACAGCCUCGGAAACGAGUCUAGCAAGUCUUUUGAACCACCGUCUUCUCGAUUCCUUUGUCGUGAAGAACGCUCUACGCUCAUCUCCUUCCGUCGCUUCUGCUUGGUCCAUCUUCAAAACCCUUACCAAACAAAACCCUCGAUUUUCAUCCGAAACUGAGACCCUUCACUCCUUCGCCACUGUUCUUGCCAAGUUCCAGCGAUCUUCAGAGCUUCGGUCUCUUAUUGGAGUUGUCAAUGCUGGGAAAUUCGGCCAUGUUCAUUUCAGCUUUAUGAAUCUCAUGAACUUGUACGCCACCGCUGGUGAUUUCGACUCGGUUCUCAAGACCUGGGACGAGUAUAGAUGCUCGGGAGAGGAUAAGAAAGGCUGCACUGAGUCCUAUAACAUCGUUAUGCAGGUUUGCAUGAGUUUAGGUAAAGAUUCCGAGGCCGUGCAAACUUUUGAUCAGAUGAUCCACGAAGGAGGUAUUCCGAAUUCAAGAACAUUCACAAUUAUGAUUGAGCAUCUUUUGGGUUUGGGGAAUCUUGAUGCAGCCAUGAAGAUUUUCGAGACCUUGCCGUUGAUGAGAAUCGCAAGGACUCUGAAGCAUUAUGCGGUUUUGGUUGAAGCCUUUGUUGGCGCGCAACGGUAUGGCGCAGUCAAGACUCUGCUUGCUGAGAUGAAAGCUGAUGGGAAAUUUCCAAGUAGACGCAUGCUUGAGCCUCUGAAACGCAUGAGAGAGGCUGGAUUUGAACAAGAAACUCAAGAGUUCUUGAGAGAAAUGUUGCCUGAUGAGAGAAUCAAGGACAUUUCCAUGUAUUCUAUGGACAAUCCCAGCGACACCGAAGAAGAAAAAGAGGACGAUGAUGUUACUGAAUGUCAAGUGAAGUUGAAGCCAUGGCUGGAUCCAAAAGCUCUAGCAAGCUCGUUAAAUAAGUGGAGCUCUGAUGCAGUCACAGCUUUGGAAGAAGCUAACUUCGUGUGGACAAAUAUUUUGGUCUGCAAGAUGCUAAGAAGCUUCAAAUCAUCUGAAACCGCAUGGAGUUUCUUCUGCUGGGUAGCGACUCAACCCGGGUUUACACAUGACGCCUACACUAUUGAGAGAAUGAUGGCUAUGUUAGCACGCAACGGUCAUGUUGAGCUGGUCGAUAAGCUCAUUUCGAAGGUGAGAAUCGAAGGGAUCAAACUACCAUUCAGCACCAUCAGGCUGAUCAUUGAUCUCUACGGGAUUUCAAAGAAACCAGAAGCAGCCAUCAAGGUUUUCCGCCAAGACAGAACACUAUGCGGUUCGAUUCCGGAUUUCAACCUCAUGCUGUUGUACUCAUCCCUCUUGAGGACGCUAACAAAGUGCAAGAGAAACGCGGAAGCUUUGGAAACGCUAGAAGAGAUGGUUUCGACCGGGAUAUCUCCCGAUAUCCAGACGUUUUCGGGUUUAAUGUAUCACUUUGCACUGCAGGGGGAGAUUCAGACAGUUCAGAGACUUUUCUCGAUGGUGAGACAGAUUGGUCUGGAGCCAGAUCCUUACAUGCUAAAGGUUCUAGUUCAGGCGUAUUGCAGGUGCGAGAGAGCAGUGCUUGCAUACAGAGUGUUCCAAGACAUGAAGGAUAUGAAACUGAAGCCUGACAGAGAGACGAAAGAGCUGCUUGUGAGGAGUCUGUGGAGAGAAGAGAAGCGAAAAGAGGCGGCUGCGGUUGAAGAAAGCAGCUACUGCGACGAGGAAGGGAAGAAGAGCAAUAGCAUAUUGCGUUUGGCGUUGAAGGGUCAUGUGUGGAAUAUUAGUUCUACGGACAUUGCUCGAGUCUACGGUCUCUACCGCGAUUGUGUAUUGAGAACUUCGACUUAACUAACAAACCAUUCCAUGUUUGUUUUUAAAAAAAAAGAAAAACAAUUGGGUUGCAACUGGAAGAAUUAGAGUCUAUUGGGCCUAAAUAGAAUCUAUUGCUAAUGAUCGUGUACGGCCCAUAAGGUAUGCUGCAAAUAUCUCAAAUCUGGUAUUAAUUAAUGGGCCACGCACGCCUUCUAAUUAA